CAUUAGGAAACACUACUUUGCAUGUGAGCAGAGGACGUGGAACGCGGUAAUAAAAGGAACUGAUCUCAUUGUUGUGGGUGGGAACUAAGCUUUCAAGAUGCCUCAUUCGAAAGCGCACAAACAGAAAGUCCGGGUAAGCAUGAGUGAAGAGACAUCCUCUGACCACGAGGACGGGGAGAAAGAACACUUCAUCGCGUGCUGUCUGCCGAAAGGCUGCCCUUUAAAAAGUUCGGUCGAUUUGCCGACCUCUGUUCGGGUUAUUUGCAACAACGACGCCUGCCAGCAAAGUGGCUACAUGCACUGUGAAUGUUUUGACGAUUUCGAAGAAGAAAUCCUCGCCUAUCUCAGAGGCACUGGACGAGCACGCAGCUGGUCGGAAAAGCAGAGGCGACAGAACAUAUGGACAAAGAAAGGCUAUGACUUGGCCUACAAGUGCUGUGCUUGUCAAUGCGGAAAAGGUCAUUUGAGAAAAGAUCUUGAGUAUCAACCACCUAACCUCGACGAAGUAGUGGGCCACUUGCAAAACCAAGUGAAGGGAAAGCGAAAGAAAAAGAAAGCCAGCGAAAAACCAACCGUCAACGUCGUUUCUUCGAUGGGUAGGCCUCGCAGAAGUUCUCAGUCAUCAAAUUGUAGCCAGCUAUCGGAAUCACCGCCCGAGCGAUCGCCGAUUUCGCCGCUCCCAAAAACACCUACAAAGAAAACUCGAGCAAAUUCGAGUGAAAACAACUGCCACUUCUUUGGAGAGACUUUCGCAGGCAAUCACUCAAACGUGAACGUUUCCACGCACGUCACGAACGUGUUGAGCAUUUUCCUCAAAAGAGCAGACUUUAGCUCGUUUCAAGGCGUUUUACCAAAGCACAAGUUGAACCCUUAUCAUAUUAAAAUGGAAGACGAAAUGAAUGACGACGCACGACAUUUUGUGCUCUCCAACCUCUCCUUGCGCGAGACGCGAACGGCGAGUUGUGUUCUUUGUAGCCGAGAACUACCGGUUUUCGACAAAUAUCCGCUUAUCGAUGGAACGUUCUUCCUAACACCGAGACAACUAAAUUCGACCUGCGUGGACGUCUCGCAAAACGGCAAAGCGCAAUACCUGACUGCAGUUUGCAUGCAAUGCUUAGAAGGCAUUCCCAAUCGCGUUAAAUGUAAACUUUGCAACAAAGAUUGGGAUGGUUCUUCUCACCAGCUCGGGACCAUGUACUGUUACGACAUCUUUGCUGCCUCUCCCUGUUGUCAGCCAAGGGUAGCUUGUCACUCUUGUGGUAAACCUGUCGUCGAUCUAACGGAGGGCAUGAAGUUUUUCUGGGAGUAUUCACAAUCAAUGAAAUGUCCACAUUGUGGAGUGUCUGGGUUCCACUGUAUAAAGUCUAUUUCGUACUAUGAAGCACCUGAUGUGAGCUUAAUACGCUAGGAAAUGUCACUGAAACUUUCAGGAGAGAGUUACCAUUUGUAAAAUUGCAUCCUGGGUGGCCCCUUAAAUUGCUGCACUUUACAUGAGCUUUGGGAAAAUUUAACGGGUGUGGCUAGUAAUUCAUUACCUGUUCAUGGCACAAGAGUGUUCCAGUGAUACAUUGGGUCAGAAAUGAAAACAAAAAUUAUGAAAAUUUUCAACUUUAAGACUGCAAGUGACUUUGCUUCCGCUUCUGGUGCAGAUGGAUGUUGCACAAUGCACAUGGCUGCUAUAAUUAGCAUUUUGAUAACAGCAGUUAUAAUUGUGGAUAAACAGAAAGGUGCAAGCCGGCUUUAUUUUACGCCCACUCUGUGCAUGUGAAGUUUCCCAAUGAGGUAUUAUUUGUCAACUGUUAACUUAUUGUUACCCAUGACUUAAAAUAACAUUCAUUUGCCGUAUCAGCUGAUCAUAUGAUUGUCAUGCACCUUCAAUUACUACAGAGAUUUAACCUUUAUUAAGUCUCAAUAGCCCAUCAAGUUUCUCCUAACAAUAUCCAUUCUAUGCCAUAGGAUUAAGUUAUGAGAAGAUUAUUAAUAAAAUUAAAUACUUUGAUCUUUUAUCAAAUUCUUUCAACUCAUUCUUUAAGGAAGUGUAUGGAGAUCAGUUUGGAGAAUUUGUAUGUGGAUAUUGAGGCUUAAAAAGUUAAAGGAGCCCCCUUUAAAAAACCAUUUAGACAUGAAUAACCAAGCCUGUGUUCCAACAAAAAUGUAACAGAGUCCAGUACUCUGUAGCCUGCGAAGCGCAGACGCAUUUCUGGUCCUGUAAAAAUAUCCAGGGUGCUUAGCAUUAUGAUUUCAAGAUACUGUGUGGCACAAAAUUUUUGCAGGUUCCAAUUUUUGCAGUUUUUCCAGCGUUCUGCAAAAAUAAGUUCCAGCAAACAAAAAUUACUGCAAACAUUUUUUCUGCAAAAAUAGACUGCAGAGUAAAUAUUCUCUAACUUAAAUUCGCUACACAUAAAUACACUGUACUAAGAAAUCGUGUCUGUUCAAUCACAACUUGUCUCUUUCAUUCAGAAACAACAAAUUACUGGUUUAUUGUUUGAAAAUAUGUAUUUCUAUUGCGCGUACUGAAUAAAAACAGAAAUAUUAUCGAUGCUGCUGGUACUGGGUACUUUCUGAAAAUCGCAAAAAUUAAUUCCCAGCAAGAUAAACCAAUCUGUCCUAAUCGAAAAAAUUAGUUCCCACACAACACAAAAAAUCACCAAUCUGCAAAAAUAAACUCCCGCAAAAAUUUCGUGCCGCACACCGGUAAGUGAUGAUCUUGUGUGAAGUUGAUGGCAAGUGCAUGAAAUGAGAUGCUAGGUGAUUCCCAGGCUCAUGGCAAAUUUCUGGUUUAUGAGGGAAUUCACAAGGGAGGCCUAUAGUAGUCUACAGUAAACUGUAAAGGUGGGAACACACUAGGCGAUAUGUCACUACAAUUCAUCAUGGCAACAUAUCAGUCUUGUGUACAGGUGAGGCAACAAGUUGGGUGACACCUUGCAGUGACAAAUCGCUUUGUGUGUACUGGGGAAUUUUUGUUAAAAUCUUGUCUCCACAACACAAUUUUUAGCACAGCAAGUCACACAAAUUCUGUCAGUCUGAUUUAAUUUUGGGUGACUUGUUGCAGUGACAAAAUUCUAUUGCAGAGACAGAUUUGCACAAAAAUUCUCCAGUAC